AUGAAGGACAGCCUUAUAAUGGACGAGAACAAUGAAGCGCUGAACUGUGAAAGUGUGUGCACGUCGGGGGCUCCCUCAGAAGUUUUGGCAAUCAAGGGCGCAGGGCCUCUUAAAAAAAGUGGUAGUAGCAGUAGUAGUAGGAACAGCAGUAGAAGUAGCAGCCGCAGUGGCAACAGAGACGGUAGCUCGAGUCGCUUGAAGAACCCCUUCGUUGACGUACCCGACAAAAUGUUUAACAAGAGCGUAACGGUGGAAUACAACAGCGAUAAUGACCACUCGUGCGAGAGAAAUAAAUAUAAGGAGUUAUCUAAGCAGAGCACUCUAAAUGUGGAUAAUAACGAUGAGGAAAACGCGACGGAGUGUUCCUUUGGGUCUAGCAAUUCCUGCGCCGAAGGGGAAGGGAAAAGCUACGUUAACUUUCGCAAAAGAGCUUGCAAAGAGGGUGGCGAACAAAGUAGAGAACUCGAAUCCAGCACAGAUGAUAUGAUUAUCCAUAACGCAUUGGAAAUGAAAGAAGUGAAUAUGUGUACAAUGAACGAGGUAGUCACAUGCCAAACGAACAAAAGUGAAAAUGACAAGAAGGGGGAACUGGAGGAAGGCAAUCUUCUCAAGAUUCAGCAAAACGAUUCAGUUUUGUUAGAGGAAAAUGAUAAGAAUGUCGACAACGUAUCAGAAAGGUAUGAGGAUAGCUCUGGCAAUAAUCUAGACAUGAACUGGAACAAGUCGCAAAUAAAGACAUGCAUUAGAAUUAAGCCGCUGGAUUCUGUGGGGAACAAUCUGGAAAGUGUAAUCACGCAAAGAGGAUUAAACAAAAUAUUAAUUAAUUACGGAGUGCAUAGUGAAAACAAGAAGUGUGAAUUUGUCGUGGAUAGAAUUUUCAAUGAAGGAAGCACGCAAUCGGAUAUAUGGAAGAGCAUUUGUUUUUGCAUAGACUCUGUUUUUCAUUUUAAGAAUGCAACUGUGUUUGCGCAUGGCCACACGGGGACAGGGAAAACUUACACCAUGAUUGGUCCAGACGUCAUGGAGCUAAUUAAGGGGAAGAAGAGAAAAAUCCGCCAGUCCGGAAGGCGCAUGCAGCCGAUUGAGUUGUUACUCAAUACGAACAGUUUGAGGCUUCCAAAUGGUGUUGCUGGUGGUGGCGGUAAUACUAGUGGCAACGGAAACAGCAACAGUAACAGCAGCAGUAACAACUUUUUGUACGAGAGAAAGAGGUCCUGCUCGCAGCCGAUCUUUAACUUCCCCCCGAGGGUGAUGCCCCUUGUGAAUGGAAACUAUUGCAGUUAUAAGAAAAUGUACGAUUCGUCGUCCAGCGCACAGUGUAACGGGGGAAACACUUCUGCGAACAGCACCGGGAAUAGUGUAGUGAAUAGUAUAGUGAACGGCUCCACAAAUAUGGCGCCAAACGGAUCCAUGAAUGCUAGAUCCUAUCACAAGUUGAAUGCGGAGUGCCUGAGUGAGAGCAGCUAUUAUGGGAAGUAUGAACACUGCAAAACGUUUUCCGAGUAUCGAAUGGAGUAUAAGUCUAAUGUGAAGGAUUUGCAGGACGAAAUUCGGUUGAUUUUAAAUUCAGACAGGAAGGGUAUGAUUCCCAGGGCGUGUGAGGAAAUAAUGAGGAGAUUAUCCCUGCAUAGGGGGGUUGGCGGCGAGACGGAGGCGCACCAUGGGGAGAGGGCCCCCAAGGGGAGCAGUAAGGAGAGCGGUCCUCUACGUGGCGGUCGAAGCGGUAACUUCAGCGGUAACUUCAGCGGGGUCCGGGAGACCUACGCGGAGAAAACGAAGGAGGUAUUUAAAAACGUGAAGGUGUACGCCUCUUACAUGCAACUAUAUAACGAUAGAAUAUUUGACCUGUUAAAUCCGUGCACGGAACCGCAGCCCUAUUUAAGCACUCAAAAGUCUAAGCUUUAUAACAACGCUACGUUUGUCUCUGGUUUGCUAACCGUGGAGGUAGCCAGCUGCGAAGAGCUGAUAGAGCUUCUUAUAGAUGGAACAAGUAACCGAGCAUGUAGAAUCACAAAAACGAAUGAAAUGUCAACAAGAUCCCAUUCGAUAUUUAAAGUAGAGUUACGAUAUGUUAACCAUUCAAAGCCUGAGUGUUUUAAGUCAGGAAAUUUGUUGCUAAUUGACUUGGCUGGAAAUGAGAAGUAUGCGGCGUCUAAUGAAAAGCUAUACACCACAGAAGUCUGUUCUAUCAAUAGGAGUUUAUCUGCCCUGUCGCUGUGCAUCAACGAGUUGUCGAAGGGGAAUAAAAACAUCAGUUACAGAAACUCCAUUUUGACGAGACUUCUGCAGGAUUCUUUGGGAGGGUCCAGCAAAACUGUUUUUAUAUGCACCAUAUCUUCAUGCGUGAGAAAUGUCCGUGAUACGCUCUCAUCGUUGAAGCUUGUUUCGAGGGCAAAGAAGAUACAGGUCGAGAGCAGGGGUAAUAAUGCCUAUGUGUAUGAGGAGGACAUACGAAAACUGCAAAAGGAGUUGUACUUUUUGAGGAAGUUUGUCUUUUUUCAGUACAUUACGAAUAAGUAUGAAAGUAGGAAGAGGCUACGGAAGAUGAAGGAGUUCUAUUUUGGCAAUUUAUCGGAUCGGGGCGAGUCCGACAUUGGGGGGUCUAGCGGUGAUAGUGGAGAGGUCCUCCCCGGGAAGAAUCCGUCCGUCGGUUGGGGGGGUAGGAGCAUUCCAGAUGCCACCACGCAGAGGGCAAGCACCGAAGAAGAAGAAUCCAACCAAGGUGAUGCUAAUAAAGUGGAGCCGAAUGAGAAUGAAACUACCUACGCUGGAAUAGAAAGCAUCUACAACGAGUACGAACGGAAGUCCUUUAACUCAUUACUGUAUCAGUGGAAUUUGAACAAGGGUAGCAUUAGGAAGGUAAGGGAUCCGCCCGUAACACCUCUAGCACCGCUAAACGGAGUGCCUAGCAAGAGGAACCCUUGGUUCCACAGCAAUGGGAGUGUGAACAAGAAGAACGUAAUGAACUUCAUCGAAACGCACACCAUAGAGUAUGAGGUCGACAGUGACGAGGACCUGUUCGGCGGGGCAAGCAAUGAUGGCGAGGGUGAAGAAGAAGAGGAUGCAGCAAAUUACGCAGAAGAAUACGCAGAAGGGGGAGAAUACGCCGAAGAGGAUGUAGGCAGGUUGUCCAACGUGGAUGGGGAUUAUGAGAAAGAAGGCUCCGACACUGAGGAGGCAUAUCCAAACGGGGAAAUGAUGAAAGGGGAAAAAAAAAGUCUCGAAAUAUUCCCUCCUCGUGAAGAUAGUAAGAGAUUCACUUCGGAAGAAACGUGCAAGAAGAGAGCCACGGCAAAGGAGGGACCUGCCAGUUGGGUUGAUGCCAAAUUGGGGGAAAAAGAGGAUACAAAUGUUAGUGCUGCGAAAGGGGAAGAUGGAAAGGACAAGACAACGCUUAUACCCUGCAGUGACAAGAAAUUAAACGGCGCACAUGAGAAAGUGAUAGAAGUAGCUGCGCUGAGUGCAAAUGUUAAGAAGUUAAAAAAAUCGGGGGUGGACAAAAAUGAUGGCGCUUUGGUCUCAGCGGAGGGAGCAGUGUCUACAUGGAAUGCCCCAAAGAGGGGUACAAUUUCGAAGAAGGCAAAGCUCAUUAGCGCGAGCAGGAACGAGGGGAACCCACAUAGGAGCCACCGAAAGGCAGGAAAGAAGCCAUUUUUCCUAAAUUUUGCGAUGCAUAUUAACAAGAGAAAAGGCACUAGCGGUAUCUUCAAACGUAGAGCGGAGGAACAGAAGGCGGAAAAUGGGUCUGAACUAAACAGGAGGAAAGAAAAUAUCGGUAAGUGCGCCACAAUGCAGAAGAAGGGACGUCGCUGUAACACCUGUAGCAAUGAUGAAGGUGCUGGUUUGAAGACAAAUGGGAGGGGGGAUUACUACCGAAGGGAAAGGUAUGCCCAGUUGGUAAAUUCUCGCAAAUCGGCUAACUCGAUGGAGGUGCGUAAUGGAUCUAAUUUGGCUCCUUCCGGUGGUGUCAUCGGGACGUCCAUCUGGGAAAGAGGUGGACAUAAUAGUAGUGCACACGGCGGAAAAAUUGGACAUUCAAAUGGAAGAGCUGAUAUGACUCCAAUUUAUGCAAGCAACUGCUCAAAAAAGAAGGGAGAUCAUACAAAGGGAGAAGCUGACCGGCAAGUGAAGUCAAUUUUCUCCAGUGAAAGUAACCAAUUUGGCAAAAAGUCUUCCUCUAAUGAAACAGUAUCAGCAAAGGGGCGUAGCAAUGGUGAACGGGGAAGCCCAGCCAUUGGAUCCGACCUAGGGCAUCUACUCCGGUUAGGUGACUCAAAGAUGAAGCACCACUAUGUUAACAAUGUAGGGAUAAACAAUAUGGUAAUAAAUAGGAUAAACAUUUUGCCCAAUUCUAAGGUAGUGAGGAAUUGCAAUGAGGUUACGAGUGGGGUGGAAAAUAAGGACACGCCACGUUCGAAGGGUGAAAAGAGCUUCAGCGAGGUGAGAAAAAGAGAAGCUUGCGCAGAUGAAGGAGUGCCGGAAGGAUAUGGUCAUAUAAGUGACAGGGGCAGAUCGGUCAGUGAGAACUGCUGCUUUAGCAAUUGGAAAAAUAAAACAAUUAUAGGCCAAAACAGCAAGGGCAAGUUUUCCUACUAUAUAGAGUUUGACAAGAUGAAGGACGUGAAGAAAUACAUCAUGGAGGGGCACACAGUAGGAGGGGGUGCAAAAGGGAACACCGAUUUGGCCGUACCCAACGGGGUGGAGAAAAAUGUUAAAAAAUCAUUGACUUCCCAAGUUGAGGAGAAUUGGCUGAAAUUUGAGAACAAAUUGGAAACAAAAUUGGGAAAGGAAAAGGAAGGAGUUGAAGGUGGAUGCGGGGGUAGAAGCGUGGUGGACAGUACCAAUGAGGAGGAUAAGUUCCAUUCUAAGCGCGACAGCGAUAUGAGCGCUCUGGAGGAAAACAGAAAAAAGCUAGACACGUUAAAAAACCGCUAUGAGAGGAUACUGGCUGAGUCACAAAAAAGGGAUUCUAGGAACGUUUUCUGUUUGAGUCACUCUCUCGGGGAUGCAGACAGAGGGAAGGGUAGUGUUGGAUACGUAAAUGGGACUGCCGCCCCAACUAGUGGUCAUAGCACCACCCCAUUGGCACGAAGCGGGAGAAGUUUGCAUGAUGUGGAGAGGAAGGCAGUUAACAUGAAGAGGGCUGAUCUGUUUGGGGAUGACGAACAGAUUACUCCUAUCGAGGUCAGGAGGAGUGGUGCACCAUUUAACGGAACAAAUGGUAAGUCAAGGCAGGAGAGGCACACAUAUGAGAACGCCCAAGGUGCAGUAAUGGGGUCUAAUUUGGAUAGCAUGAUCAGCAGUACGUAUAAUAUUCAAGACAUGAUAAAGGCGUCUUAUCGAGAGAAAAAGGGGAGAUUCUUACUGCGCAGCCAAUUUAGCGGUGCGAAGCAUCAUGGAGGUGACCUGGUAAGUAACUUGCACAGUUUGAAGAAUCACCAUGUGGAGGAGCACCGCAUGGAUGGGGAUAACCCCAUCGGCAGGGCGGUGUACCUUCCAAAUGGGGAGGAACUACAAUGGCGGAAGAAGCACUCUGCGGGGGCUCAGCAGGUGAACCUAAAUGGGCGUUUAAUAUACAUAAGGGGGAAUAAAGCGAUCGUUCCAUCUACUUAUGAGAAUGCUAAUGAUAAGGCUGCCUGGUUGGAUAAACAUACGAACAACAGGCAGCACCAUCUGGCUAGUGUAAACACUGUAGAUCCUUACGGAAGUGCACACCAUGUAGGGUUAGAAAGGAAGACGUCCAAAAGUGGGGAAAUCAGUAAUUGUGUAGUAUUGGGCACGCAUCGGAAUGCGGCCAAUUGGGAAGGGCACACUAGCGCAGUGUUACAACAUCGGAGAAAUAAUCCAAACAGGGCCGAUGGAGGAAGGGAAUCACAUCAAAUAGGGAAGGAAAAAUUAAGUAGGGAAAGAUACAGUGAAAAUAAGUUUAGAGAAAAAUAUUUUCUGCAUGGACUUCACCACCAUGGGGAUCUACCUCUGAAGGGUAACUCGAUGCAUGAUGGGUAUUGUCAAAGUAGGAAAAUGCACAAGGCCAAUUUGUUUGCCCCGAAUGGAAGUAGCAGCAAUUAUGGUGGGUAUGCCAUUCAGGAAGGAGAAAAGAUGAGGAACAGCCAUUAUGCAAAGAAGCAUGGAACGCAUGGGGAAGGGUUCCAAGUGAAUCACCUGAACAGCGUGAUACCUUACAGGAGUAAAUCCAUACUAAAUGGGAAGAGACAAAAUGUGCCUUACGGUGGGAAGGGGUUGCAUUCUGGUAAGUUUGUUGUUAGGAGUGGCUUUGCCUAUGGGGAAAGAAGUACGGAGGAUGAGUUUCUCCCCCAUGGGGAGGAUGGAAGAGCCGUUUGGACUCCCCCUCAAAUGCGCUUCCAAGAUGUGAAUAGAAACGAAAUUAGUCAAUUCAGGGUGAUACAGAGAGGUGGACGCUUAUGUGCAGGAGGGGUGUACGGUGCGGGUGCACGGAGGUGA